AUGGGAAUCGCAAAUUACAAUGAAGAAACCAUUUUCCACGACCAAAAAAGCAUCUUCCUCCCCAUGUUUUGCCGCCUAUCCAUCAAAGACGUCAAGCUCAACACCAUCCCCAUCUCCUCCUCCUCCUCCGCCGCCGAUCCCUCCUCCCCAAUUGUCAGCUGCAUGGGCCAAGUCAAGCGCAACAGCCGCCGCGUCUCCGGCUACCCCUCCUCCCACCACCACAAACACCCCAACAAGCCAAGAAAAAACACACACUUUUCCACCAAAACCCUCCUUCCCGCCGCCGCCGCCGGAGGCCGGAAAAGUGUGAGCCGGAGCUGCCGGAGAGAAUCAAGGAGACCGGUAGCGAGGGUCAGCUUCGAUCAAGAAUUGUUUAGUGCUAAGGCGGCGGCGGCGUUGGAUAUUAGCAAGAUGGAUCCGCCGCUGCCGGUGGUGAAGAGGGCCGCGGCCGCGGCUGAGGUGAAUUUGUGGAAGAGGAGAUUUGAUGGGGUGAAUACUCGUAGUAUGAGUAUUCAACCCAUCCGUUUACCGGUUAAGGAAUUUCGGCUGUCGUCAGCCGCGGCUGACGACGGUACAAGGUUUAUGCAGUAA